AUGUCGAACCAAUCUGCAAGAGAUACAACGGCGUCCGAAGUGCCGGGACCAGCCACUGCCAAUCCGAAGUCUCCGUCAAAGUCUCCUUCGAAAUCGCCGUCGAGAUCUCCACCGGCCCAGGGCGAACUUGGCCCUGCGGACGAUUCUGAUGUCCGUCCUCUAAGCCCCCUUUACGUUGAGGAAAGUACUCACUCGAGCAGCAUGAUUCCCAUGGCGAUGCCGACUCUUCCAUCGGAACGGAUACGUUAUGAGAGCUCAACUGCCUCUGUUUCUGCUAGUAUCCUCGAGUACCGUCGCAGCCAGGGGCGCACAUACCACAGCGACAAAUUCACCGCGAAUUACUUCUUCCCCAAUGAUGAUCAGCAAGUAGAGUCUAUGGAUUUAACACACCACUACUUGACGCUUCUCCUGGACGGUGAGCUAUUUCUUGCCCCUCUCAAGAUCGAUUCUAUACAGCGAGUUCUUGAUGUUGGUACCGGAAGCGGAAUCUGGGCUAUUGAAUUUGCCGACCGAUAUCCCAACACGGAGGUAGUUGGCACAGAUCUGUCCCCUUGCCAACCCCAAUGGGUACCCCCCAAUCUUCGGUUUGAAAUUGAUGAUGCCACGCAACCAUGGACUUGGAAGGAAGAUUACUUCAGUUUUAUUCAUAUACGAUACCUCUUUGGUGCCAUUAAAGACUGGGAUAGUCUCUUUAGCGAGGCAUAUCGAUGUUGUGCACCAGGGGGCUGGGUCCAAUCAGGGGAGGCCGAUGUCACAUUCCGCAGUGAUGAUGGAACUACCGAGCUGGAACCCGUUUUCAAAACUUACCAGAAGCUCUUUGAAGAUGGUAGUCAGGUUCUAGGCAACCCCUUCUUUGUCCACGAUUUGCAAAAGAAGGCUUUUGAAGAGGCUGGAUUCAAAGAUAUUGAGACCGUUGAUUACAAGUUUCCCAUCGGCGGCUGGCCUAAAGAUCCAAAACUCGCCGAGGUUGGGCGGUUUGUCAAGGCCACGCUGGAGAACGAUUUGGAAGGAUACACUCUUAUGAUGUGGCAGGACGUUUGCCAAUGGCCCAAAGAUGAAUACCAAGUGUUUCUCAUGAGUUUGCGUAAGGCAAUACGCAACCCAAAGGUGCACAGUUACAUGACCGUGCGUUACGUGUACGGUCGCAAGUAG